UUCCUUAAUCGUAAUUCGCAAGCAUACACUGCGAUACAGACAGAAAACAGAAAUUGCAUUGGCGGCUCCAAAAUGAAUAAAACCUUCUUUUUCUCUCUAAUGCUAUGGCUUUGCUUCCUAAUCUUCCCAUCUAUCCUGGCUUUGGCCACUUCAGAAUCGGAGCUGACUUCUCUGACUCGGGAGCUGCUGAAAUCGGCGAGAGAGCCCGAGUUCUUCGAUUGGUUAAAACAAACUAGGAGGAAAUUGCACGAGUAUCCAGAAUUGGCCUUCGAAGAGUACAACACGAGUCAAGUCAUAAGAUCGGAACUCGACUCACUCGGAAUAGAGUAUAAAUGGCCUAUUGCGAAGACUGGGUUGGUUGGUUCGAUUGGGUCAGGGGUCCAGCCAUGGUUCGGUCUUAGAGCAGAUAUGGACGCUCUCCCUAUUCAGGAAUUGGUAGAGUGGGAGCACAAGAGCAAGAUCAAUGGCCAAAUGCAUGCUUGUGGCCAUGAUGCUCACGUUACAAUGCUGCUUGGAGCAGCUAAGUUACUUCAACGCAAGAAAGAUAAGUUAAAGGGUACUGUUAAGCUUGUCUUCCAACCUGGGGAAGAAGGGCAUGCCGGUGCUUACCAUAUGUUGAAAGAAGGAGCCCUUGAUAACUUCCAAGCCAUUUUUGGUCUCCACGUUGCACCAGAUAUGCCUGUUGGUUCAAUUGCUUCUAAACCUGGUGUAAUGGCUGCUGCAUCUGCAAGGUUUUCAGUUGUCAUUAAGGGGAAGGGUGGACAUGCUGCGCGGCCUCAAGAUACAAGAGAUCCAGUUCUUGCUGCUUCCUUUGCCAUCCUUGCACUUCAACACUUAAUUUCUCGAGAGAAAGAUCCUCUCGAGCCGAGGGUACUGUCAGUGGGGUUUGUUGCGGGUGGCCGGGCUGGGAAUGUUAUACCAGAGACAGUGAAAUUUGGAGGUACAAUUCGGAGCUUGACGACAGAAGGUCUAAAUCAUCUUAUGACAAGGAUAAAAGAGGUUGUAGAGAACCAAGCAGCUGUUCAUCGGUGCACUGCUUCAGUAGAUUUCAUGGAGGAAACACUGAAGCCUUAUCCGGCCACAGUAAAUGAUGAAGCAAUGUAUGAACAUGCCAAACGAGUUGGGGAAGUUUUGCUUGGGAAAUCAAAUGUGCAGAAGAUGGAAGCUUUUAUGGGUGCAGAAGAUUUUAGCUUUUAUGCACAAAAGAUGAAAGCUGCUUUUUUCGUGAUUGGAGUACAGAACGAAAACGAUAACUCCAUUAAAAGAUUACAUUCACCAUAUUUUUUUCUUAAUGAGGAAGUCCUUCCUGUUGGAGCUGCUCUCCACGCUGCAGUUGCCAUUUCUUACUUGGAUGCUCAAGCAGUUGAGACACAUUAGAUUUAAUUUCUUCUGUCUGUGACUGGAAAAUAAAAUCUCAAUGCAUUGUCAUUGUCAACAUGCACAAAUGCUUUUUAACACAUGUAGCUUCAAGAGACUCUGUUAGUGUACUUGUUUGUAGAGGAUCCACAUAAAUGUUUCCUUUGGAAAUCUUACUCCAGUAUGAGAGUUAAGUAUAAUUUUAAGUAUAUUUGUAAAUAUAAAAUACGAUGUAUAAUUCCUUGAAA